CAGUCAUUUAUGAGAACAGCAGACCAUAUCUAUAUGUAUGAUAGCAGCAGACCUUCUUGAAGCGAUACGGAUGAGUGUUCCAUCAAUAUUGUUCAUUGAAGAUCAGGAGCGAAUUGAUGUUAUCUACACUCAGAUGACUUCAAUUUUGGAUGGCACACCUACACACACCCACAGUGACCAGAUCAGAUUCAUUAUGGAUGUCCCUUUUCCAGAGUCCAUCAUCUGUGCUCUUGCUGUUGUGAAAGAUGUGUCCAUCUUGGAGGCUGAGGAGAAAUUCCUUCGAGGACCUGUCAUUGACGCAAGUGAGUGGGAUCACUUUGACCGCAGGAUAAAGAAACAAUUAAAGAAGAGUGGCAAACCAUUGGAGAGUCAUCUACAGGAGUCAUGCUGUUAAGAAAUAACCAAGUCAUGGUGUUAAUAAAAUUUUUUUGUGAACAACAAUAUUGUCUUUCUUUUAAAUGACCCUUGGAACUUUAGAAAAUUGUUAAAUUUUGUUGGUCUUCAUAAAAUGCUAUGUAGAACAUGUUCUGUUGCUGUAUAAUGAGCAAUUGUGAAUUGUAAAGCAAAUAUUUCAUUUAGGAUCCAUAUGAUUACACAGUACUGUAUGUCUAAUGGCCUGAAUAUGGUUAAUAUCUAAAUAUAACUUAAUAUAAAUUCACAACAUCAUAUAUCAGUCAAUCUCUGUAUAUAAAAACAGUUUAUAAAUAUAUAUAAAUAAUACAUUUUACAGUAGGUCAUAGGUCUGCAGCCUCCCCCUACUGGACGCAUGAGGAACAACAGGGGCGUAAAACUGCUUGGGGCGUAUAUCUACUGGCUCAGUAGCUCUUCUGAUUGGCUGAAAUUCUGUAAUCUCUAAACAGUCCCGCCCACUACCUCUACAGAUGCACAAAUCACUUUUGAACCAAAUAUCUCGGUGCAAAAGGGAGAGCGCGAAACU